GUAUGUUAUGCAGGCCGCCAUGUUGUAAAUUUAAAAGAAAAUAAGAUUUCCGUGCCUUUUUUUUUCUGCUUUGGAAGGCCAUAGUCCUUUUACGUUCAGAUCAACACGCUGUAUACAUUAACCAGCAAUAAAGUAUUCAAGCAAACAGUUCUCGCUUUUUGGUUGUGUAACAGUAAAAGGACUGGCGUUAUCUUGAAGUAGACGCACUAUCUGCACCGACAUCAUGGCUGAAGCUCCGGAGGGAAGAAUAAGGUCCCUUUCUGAAAAGGCUCAAGAGAACUAUGAAGAGAGAGUUAACAAGUACAUGAAAUCGCUAGACAGUGUUGCUGAUAAGAUGCAGAAUUUAAUUCAGCAGUCGCGAUCAGAAGAAUUAACCAAUUCAGAUGAUUUGAAGUCACUGCACCUGAACAUUUGUUUGAUAUCUGGGGAAUACAGGGCCUUCUCAAGUGACUUUAAUGUAUUUUUAGAAAAUACGCGAACAGAGCAAAGUUUAAAAAUGCUCGCUGAGCAGCGCGAAAGAGACAGUGUGUGCGAACUUGCCAUAAAGAGAGCGCUGGAAGAGUUAGAUAAGAGAAUUACAGAUCUACAGCUAGAUCGACAGUCGUUAGUUUCAGGGCGCAGUCGUAAAAGUUCAACAUCCCAGUUAGCCACUCAAGCAAGAGCCAAGGCUAGUGCAGCCAGGGCGCGUAUGACUUUAAUAGACAAGGAAAAAGAGCUUAAAAGGCGUCAACUGGACAUUGAAAUCGAAUUAAAGGCUUUGAAAGAAGAACAGAUUUAUGAAGAGGCCAAGGCCGAAGCUGUGGUAUAUGAAGAUGCUGUGAGUCAGUGGGGCUCUGGUAUGCAGGCUGGCAGCCUGCGUAAUGCCCACAUUGAGGCUGUUCCUGCACCGAACCUUUCACGAACGUUUGUUAUGGAAACCAAUCACCAAAGUGAGAUGAGUACGGCUAGACAAAGUGCUCAUGAAGCCGUGAACAUUCUGCCGACAGGUGAUUCCCGAUAUGUUCCACCAAGAAGGGAGGCUGUAAAUGUGCAUAUCUCGAGUAAUCCGGUAGACGUUCAGCCGCCAAGGAAUCCAGAUUUAGUCACCGGCCACAUCCCGACUCAAGACAGUGUCGCACGCGAACGUACUCGUGAGUAUGUGAACUCUCUACAGACAGAAAAUUUAUUAAAUCCUAAUGCCGAUGAGUAUGUGCCAUGUGAUCGUGAACUUAAUGUUACUUCCGAGUUGUCGCGUUUCUUAUUACGCAAGGAUUUGCUGUUUUCGCGUUUAACUAAAUAUGAUGACAAGGCAGAAAACUAUUCAGUUUGGAAGACUACAUUUAAAAGUGUUGUUGCAGAACUAAAUGUAAAUUCGAGAGAAGAGUUAGAUCUGCUCGUAAAGUGGUUAGGACCUGACUCGGUUAAACACGCAAUAAGUUAUAGGACAUCUAGUUCAUCAGAUCCAGCCCGUGGGGUUAGAAACCUUUGGGAACGCUUGGAUGAGAGAUAUGGAGCGCCCGAGAUGACAGAAUCGUCAUUGCAAAAGAAGCUUGAGAAUUUUCCGCGUUUAGGACCUAAAGAUUCAAAAAAGCUCUAUGAAUUGGCUGAUAUUUUACAAGAAAUUCAGAAUAACAUGGCUGAUCCUAAAUAUGCGGACUUGCUUUCAUACUUUAACAGUUCGAGGGGUGUCAUUCCCAUUGUGAACAAGCUCCCUUACAAUAUGCAGGAAAAAUGGACAACCCGUGCCGCGAAAUACAAAGCAGACCGAAAUGUGCCAUUUCCACCUUUUUGUUAUUUUGUGAAUUUCGUUACAGAAAUGAGCAAGGUUAAAAAUGAUCCAGGAUUCAUGUAUGAGUCACAACAGAAAAUCAGCACUGCGAAAAGAGUUUCAUUAAAAACGGAGGUUUCAACAAAUUCAGAGAUUCAAAGUGGUAACUUUUGCACUUUCCACAAUGUCGCGGGGCAUACAUUGAAUUCCUGUCGUACAUUUCAGAGUAAACCAAUGACAGUACGCAAGAAGUUCAUAAGGGAUAAAGGUAUUUGUUUUAGAUGCUGCGAAUACACCACUCACAAAGCCAGUAACUGUACCAAGAAAAGACAGUGUAACUUAUGUAAAGGUCCUCAUGCUUCAGCUUUACAUUUAAAGGCACCCUCGAGUUCGAAUGGCGGGGAGAAAUCUGAGCAUGAUUAUAAACCUGAAAGAAAGGAAAAUGAGAUCCAUUCAGCUUGCGCUCAAGUAUGUGGCAACAUGAGUGGUGGUAAAUCCUGUGCUAAGCUGGUAUGCGUAUAUGUUUAUCCCAUGGGUGAUCCAGAAAAGAAAGUGAAAAUCUAUGCGUUAUUGGACGACCAAAGUAACAGAUCUUUGGUUAAACCUGAGUUCUUUAACCUCUUUGAUGGACAGUUUGAAGAGAUCGCCUAUUCUUUGUCUUCCUGUGUGGGCAAAAUAGAUACAUAUGGUCGCAGAGCUACGGGUUUCGUUGUCGAAAACCUGGAUGGUACCAGUUCGCAUGAGCUUCCACCCCUAACAGAAUGCACCCAGAUUCCAGACAUUCGUGACGAAAUACCCACUCCUGCCGUAGCAAGGGCACAUUCACACUUGACUGACUUGGCUGAUAGCUUACCUGAGUUAGAUCGCGAGGCCCCUAUAUUGUUGCUUAUUGGAAGAGAUCUGGCUGAGGCACAUCACGUCCUUAAACAAAUAAUCGGACCUAGACGUGGCCCCUUCGCCCAAGAAUACAGUUUAGGAUGGGUCAUUAUUGGAGAAAGUUGUCUGGGUGAAGUGCAUGUUCCAGAUAAAGUAUGUUGCAAUAAAACCUACAUCGGUCAUGACGGCAGAGGCUCCAUUUUUCCACCUUGUCAGAGUAGGCUCUUUCUGAAGGAACGCCACGAUGUCAUGGCCUCUCAGGAUGUCUUCGUUCGAACACCAGAAGAUGACAAGUUCGGUCUGUCUGCAGAAGAUGAAGAAUUCCUCGGAAUAAUGAAUAGAAGCUUCCAGAAGACUCCAAAGGGUUGGUCAGCCCCACUUCCUUUCCGUGAUCCUAGGCCUAAACUGCCUAAUAACAGAGACCAGGUUUUGAGACGAAGUCACUCUCUAAAGGCUUCAUUGAGAAGAGACAGUGUGAAACAGGACCUUUUCGUUGAGUUCAUGGGAAGAAUUUUUGACAAUGGUUAUGCAGAGCUAGCCCCUCCUUUGCAGCUGAAGGAAGAAUGUUGGUACCUUCCCAUUUUCGGGGUUUAUAAUUCUAGAAAAGGACAGAUUCGAGUGGUGUUUGAUUCAGCUGCUCAACAUCAGGGAAUCUCAUUAAACUCGGUGCUGAUGCAAGGACCGAAUUUGAUGAAUAGUCUCCUGGGGGUUCUGAUGAGGUUCAGACGACAUCCCGUUGCCGUCACUGCUGACAUACAACAGAUGUUCUUCCAGUUUCGUGUACACGAGGCGCACAGAAAUUACCUAAGAUUUAUAUGGUUCAAGAAUAAUGAUCCAGAGCAAGAGCUAGUCGAGUACAGGAUGUGCUCUCAUGUCUUCGGCAACUCGCCAUCUCCAGCCAUUGCAGCAUACGGCUUGAAGAAGACGGCAGCAGAGAUGGAGCCAAUUUUUGGAUCAGACGUAAGAGAGUUUGUCGAGAAGGAUUUCUAUGUUGAUGACGGGCUUUCAUCGUACCCGGAUGAGGCAACAGCAAUAGAUCUAGUAACACGCACUCAGAAGGCUCUAAAAGAAGGAGGUAACCUUCGUCUGCAUAAAAUUGCCUCUAACAGUGAAGGUGUAAUGAAGGCAUUCCCCAAAGAGGACUUAGCCAAAGAACUUCAAGAUAUCAAGAUAGGCUCUGACACCUUGCCUACACAGAGAAGCUUGGGUAUGAAUUGGAAUCUAGAAACAGACACCUUCACCUACACUGUAUCAAAGGAGGAAAAACCAGUAACUCGGAGAGGCGUGCUGUCCACAGUGAACUCGCUUUUCGAUCCCUUGGGAUUCGUGGCACCUGUGGUAAACCAAGGGAGAUUACUAAUGCGAGAACUCAUACAUGAGACUUCAGACUGGGAUCAGCCUCUUCCAGAAGCCAAACUCCAACAAUGGAAAGAUUGGAAAAAGUCACUGGCAGACCUAGAAAGACUUACUAUCCCAAGAAUGUAUGUUGAAAUAUCCAACCCAGCCGGAAAACAAGAAAUCCAUAUCUUUUCUGAUGCCUCAGAAAAGGCGAUUUCGGCAGUUGCCUAUUACAGAGUGGCGAACGACAGUACGGGUGUACGAGUUGGUUUUAUUCUGGGCAAAUCAAAGGUUGCUCCUCGGUCGGGACAUACUAUUCCCCGUUUGGAGUUAUGCGCCGCGGUUAUGGCUGUCGAGAUAGCAGAGACUGUAUACGAGCAACUUGGCUUUCCGAUUGAAGAAAUGAAAUUUUACACAGACAGUCGUGUGGUACUCGGUUACUUAAACAACAAGGUCCGACGCUUUUACAUCUAUGUGCAAAAUCGCAUUGCUCGAAUUUUGAAGUCUACAACUAGAGAACAGUGGUACUAUGUUGGUACAGACGACAAUCCUGCUGAUGAGGGUACACGUCCCAUUCCGGCAGAUCAGUUGCAGCAAAGCAUGUGGCUGAAGGGGUGUGAACUUUUGAAGGCUCCAGAACUUCAUCUCGGCUCGGUUAAUCAUGAACUACAGUCUCCAGAUGAAGACAGAGACAUAAGACCAUUGGUAAAGUGCGUGAAAACAGUGACAGAUCCUAGUCAGAGACUUGGACUCGAUCGCUUUAAAGGUAUAAACAAGUGGGACCUUCUGGUCAGAGUAAUCGCUCUACUUAAAGGCAAAGCCGGACGUGCAAACAUACAGGCGAAAGUAAGCAGAGCUGAUCUGCUUAGAGAAUCCGAAAGAAUCCUUAUCACAGAAGUUCAGAAAGAAUCUUUCAGUAAAGAGCUAGAGUGUAUUGCUUCAAAUCAGAAACUGCCAAGGAACAGCGCUAUUCAGGGACUAAAUCCUAUCAUUGACGAACAUGGACUGUUAAGAAUCGGUGGCAGAUUGAAAAAUGCUAGCGAACUUAGCAUAAGCGAGAAGAACCCAGUUAUACUACCCAAAUGUCAUUUCGUGAGCAAACUGGUCGUGAGGUACUAUCACGAAUCGGUUAGACACCAAGGAUGUAACUUCACAGAAGGUGCCAUCAGAUCUGGCGGAUUUUGGAUUAUCGGUGUGAAGCGUUUAGUGCGUGGCAUGAUUCAUGAAUGUGUGAAAUGUAGGAAGCUCCGUGGCAAAGCAGGAUUUCAGUUCAUGUCAGACCUACCAAAAGACAGACUUACUCCUGAUGCUCCCUUUUCCUCAGUAGGAGUUGACGUGUUUGGGCCGUGGAAUGUGACGGCUCGCCGCACUCGUGGUGGACUGUCUCACAGUAAACGCUGGGCCGUGUUGUAUACCUGCCUGACUACGCGAGCCGUACAUAUCGAGCUUAUAGAAGAACUCAGCUCGUCGUCUUUCAUAAACGCGACACGUCGCUUCAUCGCGAUUAGAGGACCAGUACGUGUAUUCCGUUCCGACAGGGGAACUAACUUUGUCGGGGCAACCGACUGCAUGAAAAUAGACGCUAUCAACGUGGAGGACGAGACCACAAAGAAAUUCUUUGAUUCUCAACGCACAGUGUGGUUGUUCAAUUCGCCUCACUCCUCCCAUAUGGGUGGAGUGUGGGAAAGGCUUAUCAGCAUCGUUCGGCGUAUAUUAGAUUCCAUGUUAGUGGACUUACGCGGAGAUCUCACUCAUGAAGUCUUAGCAACGUUCAUGGCUGAAGUCUGUUCGAUUAUAAAUUCGCGCCCCCUAGUGACACUGUCGGCUGAUCCUGAAUGUCCUACUGUGUUAAGCCCAGCAAUGCUUCUUACACAGAAGCCAGCAGAUGUAGGAACCUUUUUAAGUGAAACAAAUUUGAGAGAUAUGUAUAAAGCUCAGUGGCGUCGCGUGCAGUGUUUAUCUAACAUGUUCUGGAAGCGGUGGAAAGCAGAGUACCUUCAGAAACUUCAGCAGCGUAAAAAAUGGACUGUUGUACAGAGAGAGCUUCGUGUUGGUGAUGUCGUUUUAUUGAUCGAGGAUGAUUGUCAGAGGAACAAUUGGCCGAUGGGUGUCAUCACUGAACUAUAUCCUAGUCAAGACGGUCAUGUACGGAAAGUGAUGGUUAAGGUUAAUCGUACAGGUGACUCAGAACCGCGAUCUUAUGUGAGACCAGUAACCAAACUUAUCACUCUUCUUGAGUGCGAGGACAAGAUCAGUGUAAAUUAGGUUUAAUGUUAAAAUGAUAGGUCACUAAGGAACUGUAUAAGUGUGCUUUAAGUACUCUUAAGUGACAUAAAGAUUUGGUGAAUUACUCAGAAUUCUGAAGUAGACUUAAGUACUGUUUGUCACUUAUUGUUUGCUGUUUAUAAGUUUUGAAUCUUAGCAUUAUUUUCGAUUUUGUUUGUUUCUGUAAGUUUACUGAUUAAGUGGUAUUUCAUACCAGGCGGGGAGUGUUACAAAACGGUUUUUGGUACGUGAGGGACGGGCUUUAGUUGGUCGUAUGUUAUGCAGGCCGCCAUGUUGUAAAUUUAAAAGAAAAUAAGAUUUCCGUGCUUUUUUUUUCUGCUUUGGAAGGCCAUAGUGUAAGUCUGGUGUUUUAAUCCUUUACAAUAUGCAUAAUUGUUAUUGUUUAUACCAGGAAAUAAUGUCUCUGUUACUUAAUAACAUUUUGGCAGUUUCUUUCGCUUGGGGUUCGUCCCCUAUAUUUUUCGUACCAGAUAGGUGAUUUCUUACCUCGUCCCCUACACUUCGUACUCAAAAUUUUUGAUUCGUCCCAAGUCGUUUCGUACUUGCUUCUUGGAGUCCUUUAAACGUUUCUUAAACGAGUUAUUUCAAUUUUUUACUGUAAAACUUAGAUUCGUCAUUCAGUAUAACUGUACUUG